CACUCGUCCGCCGCCAGAGGGCGCGCCAUAAGGACCCCAGUGUAAGGACUUAGCCAUCAAGGAGCCUUAAGGCUUGAAAGGCGAGGGUUCAGCUGCAGCCAGUUACAGGUAAGCAACCUGUCCAUAGAAGUGUAUGUGACUUAUUGGCAAUUAACAACAAACAAAGAUAAUUUAGUGUGACUCAAGUGUUAAAACAAUAAGGAAUUUAGAAGGUAAAGAAGAAGAAGAAGAAGAAGGUAAGUCUUAAUAGGACAUAAUAUUUUCCAUUAUUUUCUGAUUUUAGAUGGGAUCAGAAAACCCAGUUUGCUUUUCAGAUAUGUUUAAAAGGCAAAGAAGCGCAUGGCUUGUGUGAGAGGAAGCCAGCGUUAAGUGGUUCGUGUUUCUUAUCAGGAAAUGUGUAUGGAUCAAGUUGUUGAGACUAAGAAGUAUUGUUUAAUGUGCUGCGUUUUACGUUUUGUAACAUUGCUGUCCAAGUGAUUUUUAAGUAUGUUAAUAAAGAUAUUAAUUUUUAAAAAAAGGAAACAAGAAUAACACUACGAAAGGCAGAGGGAAUCUUUCUGAAGGAUGGAUGGACUCUAUGAGGGAGGUCAGGCAUUAGUCAGCAGCAGCUGACUUGCUGGCGAAGCAGAAACCUCCCUCCCCUUCUGCCUGGGCCCCAGGAGCCUAUAUUUCUGGCUGCCCCUUGGCAGCAGGGGUCUGGGCAGGGCAGCGCCAGGCUGAGGAAGGCGAAGAAAGCUGGCCAGCCCUCCGUCCGCCCCUUCCCUCCACUGCCUUAAGAAGCCCAGCCGAUCCCUUGGCCAGACUGAAGAGAAGCAGGAUUGGGAAGGAGAAGAAGUGGGACCCUGAGUCUGCCAAAGGCCAUGGGGAGGAUAGAGCAUGGAUGGCCCCGGAGGAGAGGCGAGAGGGAGGCCCUGAAGUAUUUCAUAGAAGACCCUGGCACAGGGACCCUGUACAAGAGAGGGCAGCUUCUGGGCAAGGGUGCAUUCGGAAGAUGCUACAAGUUCACAGACACCUCCACCAACAAGGUCUACGCCGUGAAGGUCGUCUCCCAGUCCCAGGCCUCCAGGCUGGACAGCGGAGGGAAAGUCCAGCGGGAGAUCGAGCUGCACAGCCGCCUCAGGCACCGCCACGUGGUGGGCUUCCACCGGCACUUUGCUGACCAGGAGAACAUCUACAUGGUCUUGGAGUAUUGCAGCCGGAAGUCCUUGGCCCACAUCCUCAAGGCCCGGAAGACCCUGACGGAGCCAGAGGUCCGGUUCUACCUGAAGCAGGUCAUUGCUGGCCUGCAGUAUCUCCACCAGCAGGGCAUCAUCCACCGAGACCUCAAGUUGAGUAACUUCUUCAUCACGAAGACCAUGCAGGUGAAAAUUGGGGAUCUAGGGUUGGCUGUGCGAGAGGAGCAGGCCGGCCGGAGGCGCGGGGUGGUGUGUGGUACCCCCAAUUACCUGGCUCCCGAAGUCAUUGCGAAGAAGGGGCACUCCUUCAAGUCGGACAUCUGGGCCCUGGGCUGCAUCAUGUAUACAGCCCUGACCGGCUGCUCCCCUUUCGAGGUCACCCCACACAAGCAGGAGAUGUACCAACACAUCCGGGACGGCCACUACCUGGCCCCCGGGGGUCAUCUCUCCCGCAACGCCCGGGAGCUGAUUGGGAAGCUCCUGGCCCCUGACCCGGCUGCACGGCCUGGCUUGGAGGAGGUCCUCAGCCACCCCUUCUUCUCCCAGGGCUUCACCCCAUCCAGCCUCUCCUCCAGGGCCUGCCACUCGGCCCCACUCUUCCUGCUCCCAAACUCCCUCAGGAAGUUCUUCCAGAAAGCGGCCAAGGUGCUUUUCCGGGGGUCCUUCUGCCAGGAACCCAGGACUGCCAGCCCUUUGCCCAUGGAAGUGGCAGAAAUUGUGCCACAAGAGGUACCACAGUGGCCACUGGCGGAGCCCCCUGGCUUGCAGCUAAUAAAUCCAGAUAAUACCCCUAAAUGCCCCAGAAAGACAAAAUGGCAAUGGCUUCUUAAAGCAAAAAGAAAACAGGAUCAGAAGGAAACCGAGAAAGGGAGCGGAGGCACCGAGGAGAAGGUCCUGGAGGACCAGAGCGGCUUCCCCGUCCACCUUCUCCGGAGGGGGUCUCUGAACGACGGCCAGUGGGAAGCCGGGGAGGAGGCUGAGUGGAGGCCUGGCGGAGUGAUGGAGACCCUGGACCAAGCACUGCGGACCUGCCUGAAGGAGACCCCACUGGUGGAAAACAACCCGGAGGGCGGUCAGUUGUCCAGUCCUGUCCGGAUGGUAACUAAGUGGGUGGACUACUCCAACAAGUAUGGCUUUGGCUACCUGCUCUCAGACGGCUCCACCGGGGUGCUGCUGGCGGACGGGACCCACAUCGCCCUCUGCCCCCAGGGCCAGCGCGUCUCCUACUGCACAGAGGCCCACCAAGAGGCGUCCUUUCCCCGGACAGAAGUGCCAGCUUCCCUAGCCAUGAAGAUGGGGAUCCUCCACUUCUUCACGCAGUACAUGCAGGAGUGGCUUAUGGAGGGGGGCCACCAGCAGACAAUCCCCGCAAGCUCCCCAAGCGGACUCUCCCUCCUCCAAUUUGCCAAGUCAGAUGAAGCCCUCUUGAUGGUGUUCAGCGAUGGGACCCUGCAGGUCAAUUUCUACCAUGACCGGACAAAGAUCCUGCUCAGCCGCUCAGAGGAGGGCGAGUUCCUCCUGACCUUCGUGGACCGCCAGCACCGGAUCAGCACCUUCCCGCUGGGCAUCCUGGCGUUGGAGGGCUGGGCAAUGCCCCUGAGAGAGCGGGUGGCCUAUGCCCUGCACAUGAUGCACUGCCUCUAGUAGGGGGGGCCUUGACCCCUUUCCAGCUGCAGGCAGUGGACCCACAUACGCAGGGAUGGGGAUCAUAAUCAUCAUCAUUAAUAUUAUUAUUAUUAUUUUAUUGAUUUAUAUCCCGCCUUCCUUCCAGUACUGGGACUGUUGUUGGCAUGUGGAUGGAUGGCAGAGGCCCAGAUCCUAUAGAGGGAGGAAGGGAGGAAAGAAAGAAAGAAAGAAAGAAAGAAAGAAAGAAAGAAAGGGGCUGGAGAAGCAGAGAGAGGAGUGUGCCGGGGAGGGAAGCCCUGGGAGUGGAGACAGAUGGGGAGCCAGAUACCCUCCUCAAUAUCUGGGCUGGAAAGAAAGAAGGUCAAUGAAUGUCGAGGAGGCCAGAGGCAAAGGUGGAGGGCAGAGAAGAGGCUGCAGUGGGGUCUAGUGGGAAGAGGAGGAAAGGGCUGUGGGGUUAUGGACGGAAGUCCAGAAAAGUCAGAGCAAAUUUCUGUCUCCUUUCCCUUCUUGGGAAAAUAUUUUUAAAAGUGUGGGGUUGUUUAUUGGUGAGGGAAUUUGGGGAGGUCUGCCCAUUCCAUACUAGGGUUGUCCUCCCAUCCCAUGCCAGGGAGGAAGGGGACCUUCUGGUCUGUAAGGCUUUGAUCCAACAGGUGAGGGCUGCAAAGGGAUGCUGUUGGGGCAGAGGCCUUUUUGGGCCAAGAGUGGAAGGCAAGGGGGGGCGCAGGAGGGGGCUGCAUUGGGGGUCAGGAGCAAUCGGGGGAAGGAGGGUCUCCCCAUGGAUCCAAGUAUCUACUGAGGAGAUAAGAAAGGGAAAGGAAGGCAGAGAGAAGGAGGCAUCAGUGGUUUGGCCAGAAAAAGGGGGCAGGUGGGGGAAAGGCAAAGGAGGAAUGGGGGAGAUUUCUGUGGGGUUUAUGGGCCCAGCAGGGUCUGGACUCUAGGCAGAGGGAAGCGGACAUGUGCUGGCCACACAAAAUGGCAGCUGCGGCCACACUGGAUUUGCAGAUGGCCUCCCAGCUGUAUCACCUCUUGAAAUCCUUGUUUUAAUUAAAGCCAUGGGAAUGGUCUCUUGGGUGUCCAAAGGGUCUGUUUUGUCCAGAGUGACUUGGGAGUAAACACUGGGGCCCUCCAGG